AUGGCAUCCAAGCUCAAAAACAAGAGUUUGUUCAAGGAAGCUUGUUUUGUCAAUGGCGACUUCAUUUCAGCCAAAGCGGGCAACGUCUUCACUGUUACUGAUCCUGCAACUCAGAAGAUUAUCGGCAAAUGUCCAGAGUUUUCUCAAGCCGAUACCGAGAAAGCCAUCGAGGCCGCAGCUUCAGCUUUUCCCGCCUUCAAAACCUUGACAGGCCGCGAGAGAGCCCGGUUAUUGCGAAAAUGGCUUCAGUUAAUCAUUGAUAACAUCGAUGACCUCGCCUUUUUGUUGACAUUGGAAAAUGGUAAAACAAUAGCAGAAGCAAAGGGAGAAAUUAAUUUUGCUGCAAGCUUCGUGGAAUAUUACAGCGAGGAAGCAGUCCGUAUCUAUGGAGAUACUAUUCCAGCUUCUGUGGAUGGAAAGAAGAUUCUGACUUUGAAGGAACCCGUUGGUGUCUGUGCAUUAAUCACUCCAUGGAAUUUCCCCUCCGCUAUGAUCACUCGAAAAGCGGCACCUGCCCUUGCUGCAGGUUGCACGGUCAUCAUCAAGGCCCCUGGAGAGACUCCAUUCAGUGGAUUGGCUCUCGCUGAGUUGGCUAGACAGGCUGGCUUUCCCAAAGGCGUCAUCAACGUCAUCACAGCUUUGGAUAACACCGUUGAGGUGGGCAAUACUCUAACGCACUCCCCGCUGGUACAGAAAGUUUCAUUCACUGGAUCAACCGCAGUUGGAAAGCUUUUAAUGGAGCAAGCCUCUUCAACGAUGAAGAGGGUCAGUUUUGAGCUUGGAGGAAAUGCACCCUUGAUUGUUUUCAAUGACGCAGAUGUGGAUCAAGCGGUUGAAGAAGCAAUCUCCAGCAAAUUUAGAAGUUCAGGGCAAUCAUGCGUCUGUGCAAAUAGGCUGUAUGUGCACGAGAGCAUUCACGACGAAUUCGUCCGUAAAUAUGCAGCGGUUGUGCGGCGAUUCAAAGUGGGCUCCGGAUUAGACGACUCCGUUUCUCACGGUCCAUUGAUCCAUGAGCGUGCAGCCCAAAAGGUUCAUUCUCACGUUCUCGAUGCUGUUGGGAAAGGGGCAAAGGUCAUCGUGGGAGGCGCCCUGGUCCCGAGUCUCGGCCAGAGCUUCUAUUUGCCUACCGUCUUAACUGGUAUGAAAGCCAAUAUGCUGCUUGCUCAAGAAGAGACAUUUGGGCCUGUUGCUGGGAUAUUUUCGUUCAAUUCUGACCAGCAAGUCGUUUCUCUUGCGAAUGAUUCUGAUGUAGGCCUUGCCGCCUACUUAUUCGGGAAGGAUGUUUCCCGACUCUGGAGAGUGGCGGAGGCAUUGCAAGUGGGAAUGGUAGGGAUCAACACUGGCAUCAUCAGCGAUAAUGCCGCCCCGUGGACGGGAGUCAAACAAAGCGGAAUUGGCAGAGAAGGAGGAAAAUAUGUCCUCCGUGAUAACGCUGCCGCCACAAAAAAACGGUGUGAUGAAGCUUUCAGCCCCGUAACCAAUCGGUGUGGGAAUUGCUCCCGGCUUGGCUUAACUUGCCGCGUUGCCCGGACUCGUCUUGAAACGGUAGAGCAGGGCGGUCUUAUCCGUGAGCAAAUCCGUGAUGGCGUCAACUCUACCUCGGACCUAUCAGCUCCUACACCUCCUUUGCAAUCUCCGAGUGACAAAGCGGGCUUGCCAUUAGCCGAGGAUCUGGGUCUGACCAAGCUUGUCGAUGACGAAGAUUUAUCGGGUCAUGGACCUGUUCUUGCUCGGGGGAAAACCCCCAGAGACUCGCAGACGGUGGAUGAGAUCGAGAUACUAUCUCCGAAAACCGAUGCAGGUCAUGAAAGCCCGGCUCACUUCUCCUUCUUCCCAUACGUGCUGGAGCAAGGACAGUCGUCCCACAUAGACUACUAUCGAAGUAAUGUAAUCUCAGCUACUUCCAUCAUCUUGGAUGAGGAUACGGGCCUUCAUCAGUUGAUUCCAAAGGCGUUUAGCGCCAAACACCUGAUGAGCGCUUUGCUUGCCUAUUCCAUGGCACACCGAGCACAAAUACCUGGCGACGUAGCUUUGGCUGAAUCUUAUCGUCAGCAAGCUACUACGCAAUAUGGAAAGGCGAUCAUAGCCCUUCGAUCGGCCUUGAGCCGCAAAGACGAUGACUUUGAAAGUCUCAUCACAUCUACUCUUCUUCUUGCGGCAACUGAGACUACCAUGGGCGGAGUAUCAGACUGGUAUAACCACUGCAUAGGAGCAAAUCAGCUUGUGCGGGCCUUUACGACGAACAUUAAUGUGGAACAUGUCGCGUAUCAUCGGUUUCUCAUCCGCUAUCUUAUGUAUCACGACGUUCUUGGCGCGGUUACCAUGCGCCAGGCCCCUAUCCUCGACUCAUCGUUCUACAAGCGAGAGAUUACGGGACUGGCUUCUGACUCUACGCAUCCUAUGGUGGGUGCAAACGCCAAAAUAUUAUCUCUGAUGGCCAAAGUGUGCCAACUACAUGAAGAGGCUAUGAAAGAGAGGGCCAAGUCAGAGGAAGAUGGUCUUAACCUUGCGCUGAUUUAUGGCAAUGGCGCGGACAUUGAGCAACGACUGAUAUCUUUCAAGCUUCCUCCAUCUCUCCCGCUUCUAUUAUGCUUCGUUACGGAGGCAUAUCGCAGCUCUGCGUUGCUCUAUCUAUACCAAGUAUUGGAUGAAAUUGAAGAAAUACGCGACAUGGCAUCUGCAUCAAGCUGCUGUCAUAACGGCGAUGACCGUGGUGGCUCGUCUGAACUACCUGCGCCGGAACAACGCCCGCUGGGAUCUAUUUUACCAGAGGAGAUUAGACAGACAUCGUCUCUUAUACGGGCGCAGUUCACUCCCGGUACUGCCUUUGCGUUUCGAGUGAUAUCUCUCGUCGAGCCACGAAAGUCGGAGCUGAAGCCGCAUCUCGAAGCGCUGCGCCGCGGUAUCAGUCGUCCCGACACACCCUUUCCUGCCAGAAUCACCUUUGCACACUAUUAUGUCGCGGGCCCGAAGGAUUUCUACCGAGCCUAUGUCGAUGUGUCGGGAAAUUCGGCGAAGCUGAUAGUCAAUGAGAAGCUCGAUGCGAAGAGACACGCAAUCUCCGAUCCGGCAGAGAUGAUGCGCGCCGAGAAAGCCUGCCUCAAUGAUCCGCUCAUCGUCAAGCAAAUUAGCCAGCUUUCGCUGCCAUCGGGUAGCCAAGUCAUGAUUGAUCCGUGGACCUACGCCACAGAUGAGAAGCUUGACGUGGAGAAGAGAACUCUUAUUUGCUAUUUCUAUCUCAAGGGCAAUGCUUCUGAGGUUGAUGCAAACCACUACGCCUAUCCACUGGAUUUUUACUGUCACUUUGACAUGGUCAAUCUCAAAGUGGUCAAGCUCUUUCGACUGCCAAAGAAGGAUUUUGAGCACGAAGUCGAAAUUAAGCAGAACGAAGUGCAGUCUGCAGCAGCUGCUCCGUGGGGGACAGUGUCUCUUGAUCGCCAAAACGAGUAUCAUCCAGAUUUAAGAUCAGGCCCGAAGAAAAUCCCAACUCCUCUGCGUGUUGUGCAGCCGGAUGGCCCUUCGUUCCGUAUUACGGGUAACGUGGUGGAAUGGAUGGGUUGGAAGUUCCAUGUAGGAUUCAACUAUCGCGAAGGCAUGACUUUGCAUAACAUUACCCUCGAUGGACGCAAUACCUUUUAUCGCCUAGCACUCUCAGAAAUGUUUGUUCCAUAUGCCGACCCCAGAGCGCCUUACCAUAGAAAGGCUGCCUUCGAUCUCGGAAGCAACGGUGCUGGUGUCUGUGCAAACAAUCUUGCACUGGGUUGCGAUUGUCUGGGCUUGAUCAAAUACUUUGAUGCUCAUCUGACCGACAUUAAUGGCAAUCCUCGGGUGAUGAAAAACGUCAUCUGCUGCCACGAAGUCGACGAUGGCUUGCUAUGGAAGCACCUCAACUUUAGAACCCAAAAGGCCGCGCUCGUUCGCUCUCGGACUCUCGUUUUGCAAAGCAUUAUCACAGUAUCGAAUUACGAGUACAUUCUUGCAUUCAUCUUUGAUACAGCUGGUGCCAUUCAUUACGAAGUUCGCGCCACCGGAAUUGUAUCUACGGUGCCCAUUGAACAAGGAGUCAAAUCUAGCGCCCAUGGAACUGUUGUGGCUGAUGGUGCAAUGGCGCCGUACCACCAGCACUUUUUCAAUCUCAGAAUUGACCCUGCCAUCGACGGCCAUGAGAAUUCCGUCGUUGUGGAAGAGACGGUUCCUCUUCCAAUCAACGAGGGCAACCCUCAGGGCAUAGGAUACCACGUGAAGCAGGAAGUGAUAGAAAAAGAAGGAUUUGCUGAUAUCGACCCUCUGAAAAACCGAGUCUUCAAGAUCAUCAACCCAUCCAGCCGCAACCCCGUCAAUGACAAGCCAGUUGCAUACGCCGUGGUUCCUUUCAAUAGCCAGCUCAUACUUGCCAACCCCAACUCAUUUCACGCACGACGAUCCGAAUUCGCCCUACACAGCAUGUGGUUUACCAAGUACCACGACGACGAGCUUUACGCGUCUGGCGAAUGGACAAACCAAUCUGCAGGGGACGAGGGCAUAUUGACCUGGAUCAAGGGCAGGAAUGAAGAGAUCGACAACGGCGAUGUUGUCGUAUGGCAUACCUUCGGCACUACUCACAACCCUCGCGUGGAGGAUUGGCCCGUCAUGCCUGUUGACAAGCUUCAGGUCACACUGAAGCCGGUAAACUUCUUCCCGCGCAACCCGGCUAUUGACUUGCCCAUGAGCACUCAGAAAGAUAACGAUUCCAAGUUGUACAGCCGAAUGUAA